AUGGGCAGUACUAAGUCCAGACAAACCACUCUCGGCACAGAGCGGCAAAAGACUAACAGCUUGAGUACAGGUCUAAGAGUCUCCCAGCCAAUUAACGAACUGUGCAGCCUCUCUGUUGAAAUCAGAGAGCCCACAAGCAGGGCUGCAGGAGUUUUCACUAGUAAUGAGACUGCUGAGGCUGUUUUCUGUAAUUUUGUGUUUCUGCACGUGGGCAUUGAUGCAGCUGAAGCCAUCCAGAACCUGCAGCAGAAUAUGUUUUGUGUUAAAUCUACAAUAAUCUUUGCAGAAAUGCCUUGCUUGAAAAACUUAAGUGAUGCUGUGAAUGGCUUAGCAUGGACUCUUACGCUACUGUCUUUCGCCCCCCUUGUCGAUGCUCUUAACAGCAUGAAUUACAACUCUGCGAUACCCGUGAGGCCACUGAGUAACACACUGACCCAGGAGAAGGCUUUUCUUUUGUUUUUUGUUAGUGCACUGUAAGGGGAUAGUCCUGGCUUUGCAAAACAAGUGGAGAAAAUGUUCCAGGAGUCUAUAUACAGGCAACAAUGAGAGAUAUGGAGGGAGGAAAGGAUGAAACAGAAACUAGAGCACUUGUCAUGGUGA